AUGUGGUGGUUCUUCCGUGUCGUCUCGAGUUCCAUCUUUCUCUUGACUAUAAUACUCUCCAUACCCAUAUCCUUCGAUGUAGGCGGACGCGACACCGGUCUAGCCUACAGCCUCGCGCUGUUCAGCUUCUACUUCGUCUAUAGCGCUGUGAAGCUUGCGACGCCCGAGACUUCACGUGUGAGGUGGACCUUGAUCAAGGUCAUAGGAACCUCGCAGUGGGUUGUGGUACCCGCCCUUCUGAUAUGGUCCUUACACAACUUCGCCGUCGAUGCAAGUAGCACCGACUGGGUAUCGCGCACUAUCCUUGGUGGUCUGGGUCAUCAUAAACACACCACAUGGACCGAAUGGAUUUUUGGAAAUGGUGGCCUUGUCGAGUCUGUCACUCUAGGCGGAUGGGAUAAGACACUAAGUUAUUCCAGCCCUAUCUUCCAGAUGGCUGAGGGGUUCUGCACGCUUCUCGUUAUCCAGGCCGCCGGUCAAAUUUCCCGAUGGCUCGUGAACAGAGGGCGAAGCGAUACAUGGGUCCUUUUACUCCUUAUAUUCUCCGCCUCCAUCAUCGCGAGCGCCGUAUAUUUCCUGUGGAGAGUGGCUCUCUUCCCCACCAUCAGCAACAUCGAUGCGACUCUGAUAGGCGUGACAGUCACAUCCGCCGUUUUCCUUUGCGCCAUCGGCAUCGGUACCGGUCGCGGAAAUCCUGUCGAGUCUUCAUUCUUGUUCGCCUACGUUGUUCUCUGCGUUUAUCAGAUAUUCACGGACUACAACCAAUCACCUGAGGCUGAAGCAGCUGCACUUGAACAAGCUGCUAAUCAACCUGAAUUCCCUCCUUUACCACCUAUUAUCAUGGCAAGCUACUCGACCUUUCUCCACUUACUCGGGUCUCUACCCUCCGCCGUCUAUUCAUCGUUAAGUUUUCUGCAUGCUGCUUUCCAGACAAUAGCGCCUUCAGUGAUGAUUUCCUUAAUCUACCGAAUAAUAGUAUUCUACUGCGCUACCCGCAUCAUCCCUGCAGUCCGAGAAUCUGGUGCCAGAGCACUCAUGGAAGAGCCAUCUCUCGAUGAUUCAGAUGAGGCGAACCGAUUGCUCGGUGUUCUGUCCUGGUUUUCACCUUCCAUUCUCAUUGCCGUAUAUACUAGCCUGCUACUACAACACUUUUCUGCCAGCGAUAAUGAAGGCUGGACUCUUCGGGAUGGUGAUGCCGGAGGUAACACCUGGCGAUGGAUUAACAUCGCCGCAACCAUGGGUCUUUACGCCAUUGAACUGUACCUAGGAAAUGAAGGUUCUGACGGCGGCAUGGUCAGCCAUUGGAAGACGGAUUGA